UCCCCUACAUAAGUAUCGCGAGCUAGCCGUGGCGGCAGUAUCAGUACAGAUCGCGUUAUCAGGCAGUAGCCGACCGGUAACGUCCUAGGAUAAAUCAACAAAGCACUUGAGCAGCCCUUCAUCUCGGUGGACCAAUUGAAGCACCACAAUGUCGCGCAGUAUGCUGAAGGACUCGCCGAAUGCGGCGCUAGACAAAACUCUGCUAAAGAAGUACCUCGAUCUGCCUCAACCGGAAGAUGCAGUCCAGGCAUCGUACAUCUGGAUUGAUGGUACUGGCGAAGGAUUACGUUGCAAAACUAGGACCCUGGAUUUCGUGCCGAAACAUCCUUCCGAACUGCCGACAUGGACGUACGAUGGCAGCUCGACGUAUCAGGCCGACGGAGCCAACAGUGACAUUUACCUCUACCCAGUAGCCAUUUAUAACGAUCCAUUCCGUCUGGGUAACAACAAGCUCGUGCUCUGCGACACGUACAACAGCGACAAGACCCCGACGAAGACGAAUAAGCGGUAUCGCGCGAACCAGGCAAUGGAGAUCAUCAAAGACCAAGAUCCCUGGUUCGGCAUCGAGCAGGAGUACACGCUUCUGGACUUCGACGGCAGGCCUCUCGGCUGGCCCAAGAACGGCUUCCCGGGUCCGCAGGGUCCUUACUACUGCGGCGUUGGCGCCGACAAGGUGAUCGGUCGCGAGAUCGUUGAGGCCCACUACCGAGCUUGUCUCUACGCUGGCGUGAAAAUCGCGGGGACCAACGCCGAGGUGAUGCCGUCACAGUGGGAGUUCCAGGUGGGACCGUGCCUGGGUAUCAACGCAGGAGACGAUCUGUGGGUCUCUCGAUACAUCCUGUACCAAGUCGCCGAGGAGUACGGAGUGAUCGUGACGCUGGACCCGAAACCGGUGGACGGCUCGUGGAACGGCGCGGGCGCCCAUACGAACUUCUCGACGAAGGCGAUGCGCUGCGACAACGGCAUCGCUGAGAUCGAGAAGGCAAUCGACAAGCUGAGCAAGCAGCACCUCAGGCACAUCCAGGCGUACGAUCCGCGCGGAGGAAAGGACAACGAGCGCAGAUUGACCGGCAAGUGCGAGACUAGCAACAUUCACGACUUCAGCGCGGGCGUGGCCAAUCGUAACGUCAGCAUCCGCAUCCCCCGCGGUGUCGCCGAAGAGAAGAAGGGCUACCUGGAGGACAGGAGGCCCAGCAGCAACUGCGACCCGUACUCCGUCUGCGACGCCUUGGUCCGCACCUGCGUGCUCAACGAAUAAUAACGUGAGAGACACAGGGAGACGCACCGGACCGACACGCACACACUCGCAUACACCUGGAGCGUACAAUUAUUCGUAGAACUUAGGAUCCCCAUGUCCCUGUUCGGAACGGUGAUUAUUAUGUUGAACUUAACGGUGGAUCCGUCGAGAGAGUAGCGAGAAGCUCAAAUGAGGAGGCAGAUCCCGGCAAUUGAGCGUCGCUCGCGCCUCGCAAGAAGAAGAAAAAGGUUUCGUCAACGAUCAAGCAGGAUCAUUAGCGAACGUCGAUUACUGCUGCGGGAUCAAUUCAAUUCUCUUUCGCGUUUAUAUGAUGGAGAGAAUGUUAUCGUGUAGAGGAACACAGCAGAGCGCGACAAGUCAACUCGGAUUUAUAAUUGAGAUUUGAACGUUAGGUAAUUUUAAGAGAUUAGUUUUAAGAGUUACAACCGUAACUGCAAACGUGAAACAUGAAUUGCUCUUCAAAUUACCCAUCGCGUCACAGCCUUUUUUCUUAAGCUCGUGUUUUACAAAUUUCAGAAUGCGCGUAGAAAGAGGAUUUUGUAGUCAGAAUUAUCUGAAAGUACAAUAAACUAACAAAAUCCUCGUACAGUUACAUUCUCACGCGCAAUCUAGCUAUAAUUAUUAUUACAGAAUAAUAAUUAUAUAUUAUUAUAAAUAAUAAUUGUAACUAUAAUAACAGAUAAAAAUUAUUAAUAAUUAUUAUCAAAUAAAUAUGUGAAUUCGGGAAUAAUAAGACGAACUUGAGGAUAAGGAAGUCUUAGUGGAUCAUACCUGAGUUUACCUGAAGUUUCGACUGAAUACCGUCAGAAAGUGCAGCCACCUGAUUCUAAGCCUUCACUCGUGUCUCUGAUAUGAAAAUCAUGUUCGAUUUUGACAUCAUUCGAGGAAAAUCAUGUUCACGAUUCGGUUUUAACAUCAUUCGAUGAUGGUUCGAUAAUUAAAUCCAUCUGAUAUGAUAUUAAGAUUAAAAUACUGCCGUUUUUUGCUGAACAUUAUUUUACGUAAAUUAUGUCGAUAAAGCAACCGAUCCGCUUUUCGUAUAGGCUUUAGUAUCUAAGUAUUUCUAUCGGAUUCUGAAUUUUAUUUAUUUUAUGAAGAAGCCAUGCUCGAUGAAACUGAAAAACCGAAAGCCUACGUUCAGGCUUGUUUCAGGCAGUUCACGCGUGAACUUUUAAACGACAGUAAGAUCCGAUGGAUGAUUUGAGGGUAGACAAGAAUAUUCGGAAGCAUUCGUUGCUGUAACUACACGUUAUGUCAUCGUUUUUAAACACCUCUAAAUGAUUGAAAGAACCGCGUAAGAAUAACAAAUAUAUGGACUCUUUGUGAUCACAGACGUUCGUAAUAUUGGAAAUGAACUGUUGAUAAUAGAGUAUAAUGCGAAAGUUACUACUUAAAGUACAUAAGAACAUAUUCUUAGGGAUGCGCGACGGAUCAAUAAGGGUGUGACGAUCAACUGCAAGAGGAUCACGUCCUCGCAAUGUUUGCCUUCUUCGACGUCCCCGUACCCGACGCGAGGACGUCGUGCGCGAGCAGUAUACUAGCAAUUAUCUAAAGAAUUAGUGCAAUUAUUACGUUUAAGAGGGUUUAUCAUUUCGUAUCUUGUAAGUUUUAGAACAAAAGUUUCAGUUUUACAAAAUCGGAUUUACGCGAUGUCUCCGAAUAAAGGUGUAUCGACUGUUGCCAAAGCGAGAAUUUUAUCGGAGCCACGAUUAACGUUGAUAGUCACAUUUUAAAGAAUUAUAUGAGCGUAUAUAUAUUAUAACAAUUGAUAUAAAUAAAGAAAUUUUAUCUUUCCA